AAUGCUCCCAGAAAAUAAUAUCAUGGGCCCAACCGGCGCAAAGGAACUCGCAGCCUUCGUUCACAAGUCCCACACAGCUCCAAGACCUGGUACCUCGCCGGCAGUUGCAUCGAUGCACCUAGCUUCUCCCUCCGUGUCGACGGCAUGGGCAACAACAAAACUGCGCUCUGCUCUCGUCCUUCGCCGAUUUCAAAGUUGCCCGCGCUCAGCUCGAACAGGCUGCCGCUCUUGGCCAACUGGACAAAGUACGGCGGUUCAAAAGGUGACAAUGCCAGGGACAAGCUUCAAGCCGCACGGGAACAACUGCGAGAGCUUUGGAAAUUCUCAAUCUUUGUAAAGUCAGCAAGAAGGUGGGCAUCGAGUGGCAUGCCCGCUGCAGCUUGUUCUCGAUCAAAGAGCCCCUGAAGCUAGCGAGAAGAACCGUGCCGAGGAUCUGGCGCAGCUUGACGCCGUCGUCGACUCUCACAUGGACUUGUGAUGUGCGUCGAUGGCGUUGUCGGUGAACACUUCAUCCACGUUGGCACCUGCGACAAUGCUGGUUCGCAGAACUCGCAAUCUUGCGAAGCUGCAAUGCCACACAAUACCUUGGCAGAGCUCAACCUUCCACAAAUUCCAUGGCUUCCAGCGAAGAACAGACGACUGCAUGGAGCACAGAUACACCGACAGAGCAUCGAUAUCACAUUCUCGCAUUCUCGCCCAACACAACCAAGGAUGCUGAACCACCUGCAUGCUACAUCAUCACCCUCCGCCUCUCACCUUUCCGAACGGCCGGCAGAUACCAAGUCUGACUGCAUCAAGGCUCCAAAAAAACACCAUCAG